AUGCGUGUGUUGGCUGAGGCCAGCGUUCAGUGCCUGCGGCUCACCUUCCUGCUGAUGGUGGCGGCGAGUGCGGCGCCCUCACCGGCUCUGAGCGCCGGAUGCCCGGAGCGCUGUGUGUGCGAUGAGCAGCUUGUGGUGCAGUGCGCCGGGCAGAGGCUGAGCGCCUUCCCUGUAGACCUGCCGCUCGCUACGCGCCAGAUCAUCCUGAGCAACAACCGCAUCGGCGAGCUGCCGCCGCUGCAACUCAACUACCUGUCCGAUCUGGUGUACUUGGACUGCAGCAACAACUCUCUCACCGACAUCUCAGAGUCGACGUUUGGUAACUUGCGCAAGCUCGCCUACUUGGACCUGUCGUUCAAUGCGCUGGCGCGCAUCGAGGACCGCACAUUCGGCGUGCUCUCCAGCCUCGUCAUGCUGCGCCUCACGGAUAACCCGGGACUGUCCGAGAUCCACGCGGACGCGUUCAUUGAGAACAUCGCACUGCAGGUGCUCGACGUGAGCCGCAACAACCUGACGACGCUCAACGUGAGCACGCUGGUGGCGCUUCCCGCUUUGCGCGCGCUCGGUCUCAGCGGAAACCCAUGGCGCUGCGACUGCGACAAUGAGGACCUCUGCCUGUGGGUGCACAUCGAGAGCUUCAAGUUUCAAGAUGAAGGUCAAACGGUGUGCCAGAGUCCGGUGGAGAUGCGCGGCCGGCGCUUGUCUGAGAUGGGCAUGCAGCUGCGCACUGAAUGCCAUCAGGGUCUAGGCUAUUGGGACUACCUGUUCUUCAUUGCCAUUGGCUUCAUCAUCUUCUCAGCAGGCACCGUUUCAGCCUGGGUGAUGGGUGUGCUCAUGGUGCUCUACGAGCGCUACAGCAAGAGGAAGAGCGAGGAGCUGGAAGACGAGGACGAUGAGGAUGUGCCCAUCCGCAACGCUGGGAAUAGCCAUGGCAACGGGGACCUGAGCAAGCCCAGCAUGCAUGCGUGA